GUGAGCGGUGGCGCGCGAGCCCGCCGGAAGCAGCCCUCUCUCCUCCCCGUCACUUCCGGGAAGGAGCGAGGCAGCCGUUAGGCCCCGGGCGCGGCGCGGCGGCCUGAGGAGCUUUUCCAGGAUGACUGACACCCCCGAUGCCCUCUCCAAUUAUGAGGAGAUGUUUGCCAAGCGGUUCUCAGAAGAAGAUACAGAGUAUCAAGAAUACUUGAAACGCCCAGCGGAAUCGCCUCCUAUAAUUGAAGAGUGGAACAGCCGAGCUGGUGGGAACCAAAGGAAUAGAGGCAACCGGUUGCCGGAAAACCGACCGUUCAGAGGUCGGGACAACAGGCGCGGCUGGGCCGGCGACCAUCGACCGAACCAGUGGCAGGGCAGACCCUGGGGCAACAGCUACCAGCAGCACAGGCAGGAGCCCUACUACCAUCACCACCACCAUCACCACCAGUACGGCCACUACGGCUACAACCAGCGGCACCCCUACGGCUACUACUAACGCUGGCGGCCGCCCGGAGUCUCCUCCACCGCCGCGAAGCUUGUGGGCGUCUUCUCUUGUUUUUUUCCCUUUCUGUACAGAGUCUUGGGUGGGU